AUUAAUCAUUGCUGUCGGAAUAAAAACAUCUCUGUUGAAUAGACCUUUGGAUACAUAUGUUAAGGAAAUGAGUGGGGAAACUAAAAAUGAUAGGAAUGAUAGAGCUAUCCGAGUGGCUACUCAGUGGUAUCAGAACCAUCUUGGUGGUGCAGUAAAGGUUUUGCUUAUAACUAAUGAUAGAGAGAACAGAAGGAAGGCUAGUGAAGAGGGCAUUUUUGCUGAAACAGUUGAGUCAUACGUCAAGUCUUUAGGCCAACCUGAUCUACUUGAUCUUCUUGUGCGGCCUGCAUCCGAAGAUGUGAACAUGGAAGAUGUCGAAGAUCAUAGACCAUCCAAGAGGAAAGUGAUCUAUUCAGAGCAUAAGCCAAUGUCAGAAAUCACUUCUGGUUUGCAUCGUGGAAUAUAUCAUCAAGGGAAGCUUCGUGUAAACCGUUACAAUCCAUUUGAAGCAUAUGUUGGGAGGGAGAGCAUUGGUGAUGAAAUAGUUAUUUAUGGGCGCUCAAACAUGAACCGAGCUUUUGAUGGAGAUAUUGUGGCAGCUGAACUUCUGCCACAGGACCAGUGGCAAGAAGUCUCAUCUCUAUCUAUAGCCGGUGAAGCAGAAGAUGAGAACGAGGACGAAGAUGUUCAUCUAGCUCCUAAUAGUGCUGAUGUUGCACCUAGGACUAUUCCUCAGCAGGGUUCUUCUGGACAAGUAAAUGCUGUACCCAGUCGUCCUUCUGGUCGCAUUGUUGGUAUUAUAAAGAGGAACUGGCAUUCGUAUUGUGGAUCUUUGGAGCCAAUGCCUUUGCCAGCAGGGAGUGGUGGAAUUGCCCAUGCCUUGUUUAUCUCCAAAGAUCGCAGAAUUCCCAAGAUUCGAAUCCAAACACGCCAACUUGAUAACCUUUUGGAUAAGAGGAUUAUUGUUGCAGUUGAUUCUUGGGAUCGUCAGUCUAGAUAUCCAUCUGGCCAUUAUGUGCGAACUAUAGGGGAGAUAGGUGAUAGAGAUACUGAAAGUGAGGUGGUUUUGAUAGAAAAUGAUAUAAAUACUCGACCAUUCUCUUCGCAAGUGCUGGCAUGCUUGCCACCAUUACCAUGGUUGGUCUCUUCUGAAGAUUUGUCGCAAUCCUAUAAGACAGGACUUGCGGUCAUCUGCUUGUGUCAGUGGUCGAUCCCUCCAGGUAUGGUUUUAUUUAAUUUCCAUUUGUAUAAGCAAAGCGUGAAAUGUUAUUGGUCAUCAACUGUUUAACCUUUGAUAUUGAAUAUUA